AUGAUUCCUUCGGAAUCAACGAAAAUUGCGGAUAGCGGUAGUCCCGAACAGGUGCCUCCGUCGGGAUGCGAAUAUCUAUCGAGUCUAAUAAAAACGGGAAAGCACCCUUCAAUAGAUAGUGGCGUUGAUCCCUCUCAGUGUCCUUACCUCUCAAAGAAACCGAGUGACCACCACGACCACGUCGAGUAUCAUAGGCAGGCCUCGGAACUAUGCCCCUAUAUCCAGGAGCUUAGCAAACAAAAGAAAGAGAGAUCAAAUGUGGAGAAUAAUCUGACAAGACAAAUUUUUGCUCUUCUUUUUCCGGGAAGUCCACGCGUAAAUUCUUUGUUGGGCACUCUAUACAUUUCUUCCAUACCCAAUUUCAUUCUUUAUUUUGUGCCUCCCGACAUUGAGCCCUCCUCGCUAAACACUCUGGUUAGCUUUGCCGUGGGUGGUCUGCUGGGUGAUGUUUUCCUGCACCUUCUCCCGCACUCAUUCUUGGGCGAGAGUAAUGAUGAUGAGGUUCACUUCGUUCAGGUCGACGAGAAAAAGAAUGUGGUCAUCGGUUUGGCUAUCUUUUUUGGCUUGAUGACAUUCUUUGUAAUUGACAAGGUGAUGCGCAUAGCGAAUGGCGGUGAUGUUCAUUCGCAUUCGCACAAUCACGCAAAUGAAGAUCACCGCGAUCAUACCGAUCUUGGCACCAGCACGUCAACUCCGGAUUCUUCCGAUCCGUCGACACUUCGUCAAAGAAAAUCCGAGAAAAUCAAAGUUGUCGAAAAGGAACAGGGUGACACCAAACCUCCAUCACCCAGCAUCAAACUUUCAGCCUAUCUCAACCUUAUUGCAGAUGCCACGCACAACUUCACCGAUGGACUUGCCAUGGCCGCAUCAUUUUAUUCCUCGCCGAGCAUCGGCGCAACCACCACUGUGGCGGUAUUUUUCCACGAAAUUCCACAUGAAGUUGGCGAUUACGCAAUUCUGAUUCAAAGUGGUUUCACCAAGAGACGUGCCAUGCUUUCACAGUUUGUCACGGCCAUCGGAGCAUUCCUUGGCACAUUGACGGGAAUCGCGAUUGAGGAACUUGGUCACGGUGACAAUGGACUUCCGUCGUCAUCACAGGAUCACGAAGUUGGAAUUUGGGGAACCGGUGCUACUUUGGGCGACUUGGUAAUACCAUUCACGGCUGGUGGGUUCUUGUACAUAGCGACCGUGGGUGUGAUUCCGGAGUUGUUGGAGGUAACCGGCAAAUUUACAAAGAAUAUAAAGCAGGCGGGUUCGGAAUUUUUCGCGAUGCUCAUUGGUGUUGGUAUGAUGGCCGUGAUCGCUUGGAACGAAAGUGACUAG